AUGUCAGCGGCAAACAACGCCGGUGGAAAGGCGGUACUUGCUCAGAACUUCCCAGCCUCCUGGGUGGUGCCCGCAGCUUUGGAGGUCCUGCCCCAGAAGGUGCAAAGUUUGCUGCAGCGCCUGGGACCGUUAGAAGGGCCUCCAGUGAUUUCACAAGGACAGAACGGUCUGCAGGCGUUAGCUCGCUUUCAGAAUGCCAGUGAUGCCAGGGCUGCCGUCCAGACACUGCAUGGGUUUGACAUGCGGUCGGCUUCCGAGAAGCAGACGGCCAAUCACGAGGCUCCAAAGGAGAGCGAAUGCUUCAGCCUGCGAAUAGCAGAUGAUUCAGGUGCACCUCCAAAGAUGGCACGGAAAAGGAGGGUGAAGGCCAACGGCAUCUUUCUAUGGCCCUUGCCGGAUAGCUGGGCAGAGAAGGAUGUCGAGCUUUUGGCUUCGCCUUAUGGCACGGUGCAGAGAACCCGAGUGGAAGGUAUGUCAAGUGGUCAGAAGGGUGUUCUGAUUGACUUCGACACAUCGAGCGCUGCGUCUUCAGCCUUGACUGCACUCAACGGGCUUUCACUCAUGGGAGCUCGCCUGCGCUGCGUGAUGCAGGAAGAGCCUGAGCCCAAAAAGCCUGUGACGUCGUUUCAUUGCUACAUUGACGAGCUGGCAAUGCCUUCCUUGCCGCGGGAGGUGGAGCCCAAGCUUGACGACAGAGAGAUCUUUGUCACACACUUGCCGCCAAAGGCAAGCACCGAGGACGGCGUGAGGUUUCUCCUUGGAAACUUCGGGGACAUUGACGAGGUUCUGUUGCUCCGCGACAUGCAGCAGAGGCCCACUGGCAAGGCUUACGUGCGCUUCAAGAGUCACUCGGAGGCUCUGAAAGCGCUGGAGGCAAUUGCCGGUGUUUCUGGUGCAGAUGGAGUGUCGAAGGCUUCGUGGUCUGAGUCCGAGAGGGCUCUGAGAGGCACACGUGGGGCCUACGGCUUGAACAUGCUACAGCACCUGCAAGGGGCAGGGGGAGGCAGACUGCAGGAGAUAUGCCAGGCUGCUGGCGCAAGCUCCUUAUAUGUGGAGCUUCUCGAUCCCGUCCUUGGCACGCUGGGCAGCCAGCACGUUCUCUUCGUGGUGCGAUGUGGAGAGUCUUUGCAGGCAGAAGAAUGUUGGAAGCUCCUCGCUGAAGCCCUCGCCCGUGUGCAUGAAGCCCACGUGUCAGAGGUGCGAGGUAGCCUCGUCCUGCGUGGGUUUCCGUCGUCCUGGUCAGAAAAGGGUCUCAAGUUUGUGUUUGCACCUUUUGGUGGACUUUCGUCCGUCUUCAUCGAAGACGAGGAAAAGGACAUCAUUGCAACGACCGUGUCGGGUGAGGUGCGAUCCUCAGGGCGAAUUGCAUAUGUGAAGCUCCGAAACAACCAAGCCAUGGACAAGGCCGUUACAAACUUGCACAAAACAAAGGUUGGCGACGGGGACCUGGUUGAGGAGUGCGUUGUGGCGUGCCACCGCUGGCACAGCAGCUCCUGGUCGGAUGGCAGCUUCCAGGUCAGCAUUUUCGUUGACCAGUUGGCUUUGAGCCGAAGACCCUCAGAGGUAGCUCCUGGACCCGAAGAUCGAGAGCUGUAUGUCCGGAAUCUGCCACUGCAUGAUAUGACCAGACAGCAGCUGCAAGAAUACUUCGAGGGCUUCGGCGAAGUGGAUGUUUUGCAUCUCAUCUCCGAUCCGUUCGCUGUGGAACCCUUAAACGAGGGGUAUGUACGAUUCAAGCACCAUCGUGAUGCCCUCCGGUGCAUCGAAGCGCUGACACCUGCGGACCCUGAGGAGGCAGAUCCUACGGAUCUUGCGGGCACAUGGUCUGAGUCGGAACGUGUCUUGCAGCGCAAGAACAACUGCUACAGGUUCAACCUCGUGUCAGAAUUGGUCGGGGCUGACGGAUCUGGACUGGAGAAGAUGAAGGCCGAAGCCAGGCUGAAGGGUCUUUGGAUCCUGGGCGACAGCCUUCAGCUCAAGGACCGCACAGCUCCGCAAGCUUCCGGCAGGCAACUUCACUUUGUUGGUCGGUGUUCAGAGGAGGCGGACGUUCGAUUCUUCCGCGAUGUGCUGGAGCGGGAAAUCGAGGUCAUACACAAGAAAAUUUCAUCGCGCCUCGAGAAGCGCAGGCACAAGGAGCUGGGAAGAGGAGCGGGCAAGGCAUCAGCUGAAUCUGGGCGAGGCUUAUUACCGCCAACUUUCGAAUGGGGGGCCUAG